AUGAGUGAAAUGUUCGGUGCUAAAGGUAUGGGCAAGGUAAACGAAGGUGCUGAGGAAGAUGUUAGAAUUCAAGGUUACGACCCAUUGGCCUCUCCAGCUCUUCUUCAGGUGCAAAUCCCAGCUACACCAACUUCUUUAGAAACUGCCAAGAGAGGUAGAAGGGAAGCUAUAGAUAUCAUCACCGGCAAGGACGACAGGGUUCUUGUUAUUGUCGGGCCCUGCUCUAUUCACGAUUUAGAAGCUGCUCAAGAGUAUGCUCUAAAACUAAAGAAAUUAUCCGAUGAAUUAAAGGGUGAUUUGUCUGUCAUCAUGAGAGCAUACCUAGAAAAGCCAAGAACCACCGUUGGCUGGAAAGGUCUUAUCAAUGAUCCUGAUGUUAACAACACUUUUAACAUCAACAAGGGUUUGCAAUCCGCCAGACAGUUGUUCGUCAACUUGACAAAUAUAGGUUUGCCAAUUGGUUCUGAAAUGCUGGAUACCAUUUCUCCUCAAUACCUGGCUGAUUUGGUCUCCUUCGGUGCCAUUGGUGCCAGGACUACCGAAUCCCAGUUACACAGAGAAUUGGCCUCUGGUUUAUCUUUCCCAGUCGGUUUCAAGAACGGUACCGAUGGUACUUUGAACGUCGCUGUGGAUGCCUGUCAAGCCGCUGCUCAUUCUCAUCACUUCAUGGGUGUUACCAAGCACGGUGUUGCUGCCAUCACCACCACUAAGGGUAAUGAACACUGUUUCGUCAUCUUGAGAGGUGGUAAGAAAGGUACCAACUACGAUGCCAAAUCCGUUGCCGAGGCCAAGGCUCAAUUGCCUGCCGGUUCUAAUGGUUUAAUGAUCGACUACUCUCACGGUAACUCCAACAAGGACUUCAGAAAUCAACCAAAGGUGAACGACGUCGUCUGCGAACAAAUCGCUAACGGUGAUAACGCUAUCACCGGUGUCAUGAUCGAAUCCAACAUCAACGAAGGCAACCAAGGUAUCCCAGCUGAAGGUAAGUCUGGCUUGAAGUACGGUGUUUCUAUCACCGAUGCUUGUAUAAGUUGGGAAACCACUGAAGAUGUCUUGAGAAAGUUGGCUGCUGCCGUCAGACAAAGAAGAGAAGUUAACAAGAAAUAA